UGACUUAGGGAAAAAGACUUCGAUUUAUGAAGUGAGAGGAGAGCGCUUCGUCUCUAUUACUGUGUUUUCGUGGACUUAUUUCGACGCUUUGUCUCCUUUUUCGCUUCUCUGACUGUCGGAGUGAAGAAGAAGAAGAAAUUUCAGGAGGAAGAGCCAGCAUGGCAGCAGGAAGCCGGCUCGUUGCGCUGUGGUUACUGCUCUGUCUUUGUAACAUCAGCACUCAGCAGAUCGAUCCUCUGGUGUUUGAGGAGCAGCUGCUGUGGGUGAGUGGAGCCCAGGGGCAGGUGAACACCUACAGGAUCCCGCUGCUCACCUUCACCCCCAAAGGAAGCCUGCUGGCUUUUGCAGAGGCCAGGAAGACAUCGUCUUCUGACAUUGGAGCUAAAUUCAUUGCAAUGCGGCGCUCCACAGACAAAGGAGCCACCUGGUCCCCCACCACCUUUAUCGUUGACGAUGGUACGAAGCCGGACGGCCUGAACUUGGGUUCUGCUGUGGUGGACGAGGAAGUGGGCUCAGUGAUUCUGAUCUACGACGUCUGCUUCUACCUCAACCACUGCAGCCCACCCAGCAUCAUGAUGGUGGAGAGCCGGGAUGAUGGCCUCAGCUGGAGCCCGCCCAGAAACCUAUCGGUUAUGCUCGGCGUGAAGAACUUCAUUCCCGGGCCGGGCCUCGGCCUCCAGAAGCGCUACAAUCCUGCAAAAGGGAGGUUGGUGGUUUGUGGUCACGGGACGCUGGAGGGGGAUGGUGUUUUCUGUAUCCUGAGCGACGACCACGGAGAUACCUGGUAUAACGGUGCGGCGCUGAAAAGUAUCCCCUACAACCAGAAGAAGAAGCCACAGGACUUCAAUCCUGACGAGUGCCAGCCGAUUGAGUUGCAGAACGGCACCAUCGCCAUCAAUGUGCGGAACCAGAACAGGUACCACUGUCGGUGUCGCAUUGUGGUGCACAGCUAUGAUGGAGGGUUGACCCUGCCCUUGGAAGGCCUGGUCUUUGACGAGGCACUGGUGGAUCCUGUAGUGGCAGCUGGAACUCUGCAAAAAGAGGGAGUGAUCUACUUCACCAACCCCUGCAGCGAGGACAAGAGAGUGAACUUAACCCUAAAGUGGUCCCUGACAGACGGCACAUCUUGGGAGAAAAAAGCCACGCAGAUAUGGGCCGGACCGAGCGGCUACUCCUGCAUCACGUCACUGGACAGCGGUUCUGUAGAGGACCGCAAGUACAUCUUUGUCAUCUACGAGAAGGGCCACAAGGACUAUUAUGAGACCGUCUCAUUCGCCAAGAUCCACCUGUACAGUGGCCGUUAGAGUGCAAGAGGAGGUAGGCAGAAAAGGUCAGAUAUUAUUACUGAAUCCUUUGUGUAAGCAGGUAGCCUCAUUGUGAUUGAGAGGCCUGUGUUCAAACAUAUACAAAAAUUCUGACAGACAGAUAGCAGAAGGACCCAUUAUACAUAAGUUUGGAAAAGUGUGUGCAUGGGCAGUUGCGCAUAAAUCAAUAUAACCCUUUAAAAAGUUCCAAUGAAAUCAAAGAGUGUAGUUUUAUAGUUUUUGUAGCUUGUUCCAUUUAGAGGAAUUAUUUAAAGUAUUUAAAGUUCAGUGUGAACAGGAGUUACAGCUAAUGUUAAAAUGUCCCCUGAGCUGACGUUGUAAUUGCGGUGUUUAAAUGUAAUCAAAGAGCAGAGGUAAGCAGGAACCUCUGCAGGAGGGCCUUCUAAAAUAAACAUAAAUGCUGCUCUCUUCUGGUUGCUGAGUACCAGCCUCACUUUUCAUAUAAGAUACAACACUGAGUAAAAAUAGAAUUACUUGUGAUAAAUGGCAGCAUGGUGUGAUAGAGGAAGAGGAAGAAGAAGCAUGCUUAUAAACAAUAUCACCAUGAAUCAGGCAGAGACAAAAUUGCAGGUAUUUGACAAGUGAAUGAGAAACAGGAUUUAGUUUUAUCCAUUUUUUUUGUCUUGUGCAAACUGAACGUAUUUAAUUUAUAUGUUUUCUCAGAGUCAAACAGUGAAGGGAAAAGAAAACCAGAAGAGGUUUUUGUAAUCUACUGAUCUUCUGAGGAAGACAAAGAGACUUUUUUAUUAUGUCAAAAAAUGAAUAUGCACAGUGAAUGUGACACUAUUUUUGAUUAAAUAUAUUUUCUCUCACUUUAUCUUUCUAGUCUUUGCACUCACAAGUCUUGUGUUUGUUUUGCCAAAUAACUGCAGAGCCUUAAUCUGACAGAUUCCUGACCUCACAGAGGAAAAAGCCAGAGAAAAUAUACUGGAAGAUUAUUUUACAGAUCAGGUACACUAGUUUCCAACAGUCUUAUUGAAGUUUCAAACAUAAUACUUUCAGUACAGAGGAAGACGAAUGUUUGAGUGACAUCCUUGGGCUGAAGGUGAAAAUUAGAUUUAUUGCAAUAUAGAUGCAAGUAACAGAUUCACUGUCUACCCAGAUAAGAGGACUUCUUUCUUUUCUGAUCUACCAUACUGAUAUAUCAUUGAAAUGGUAGUAAAGACUAACACAAUCAUACAUGCAUGGCUUCAGCACGUGCACCAGGUUGCAAAAAUCAGGAGCUGCAAGAUAAGCUGAAACAACACUGAAGUGUGAGACAACAGCAGUUAUGUCACUUUUGGUGCGUGCCGCUGUUUUUGUAGGCGACAAUGGUGAGCAUAAAGUAGAUGCAACAGAUUCAACGUCAAAAUGUUUUCUUUUGACUUAAAGAUGCAUGUUUGCCACAAAUUCAUACUGACUGAAAUCAGCUGUGCCUUUAGGAAACUGUCAGAUAUUUUCACUUAAAUGUUCUCUAACAUCUUGUAACGGUCACUGUUGGCUGGCUUCACCUCGCCUCACCUUACAGUCUCCUCUUGGGUUUGACUUAAUUAGGAUUCUUUAAAUUCAGGUACCUGUGUGAUUGAAUGUGUAAAAGAAUGAGGUGCUUAAUGUAACCAAGUGUCUUUGUUUGUAUUUCCAGAGAAGAUGCUGUAUUAUUUUAUCUGUGUAUUUUAAAUGUCCAAAUGAGUCCAGGAAAUCUGCUCUCUAUAGAAUAAAAAAUGAUCUUUUAACAGUUGCUAUUACUGCUUGUUGCAAGUAAAUACAACCAUUCCCAUGUGUAAUGUAUUUGCAUUGAUUAAGGGCUUUAUUUAGAGCUUUUCUGGUCAUACUGACCGCUCAAAGCACUUUAGAUUAUAAGUCAGGUACAUGAGAUGAGCUAAACUGAUUUUCCUUUGUGUAAAAUUGUCCUUGUUUCUGUUUAUAUGAUAGAGAAAACACUUGUUUUAUGU